AUGAUUGGCCCACCCGAUUGCUCUCUCUCAGCCUUCAAGACCUCUCUUCUUCAUCAAUGUCAGUUUGAUCUCACCACGAUAUCAUUGGAAGCCUGCCUUGGUGGCAGCAUCGACGGCUAUGUGUGGAAGUCAAUCCACCCUGAAUCCCCAAUUCUAGUCAACGCCGCCCCAACGACCCGAAAGGACGCCUUGAACAAUCACUACGCAUUCUCAAUAGAAGGCCACAUCCGAUUACAAGAUAAACUCAAAGAAACGCCCAUGACUAAUACCAAGAUCAUCUCGGAAGCCCCUCGGCUAAGGAAAUGCUACGGAUGGCCGAACUUCAAAGGCCGCAUCAUCCGCAAUGCCCAUCCUUCACUGUGGCCACCACCCUUGCACAUAGACAAAGUAGAUCGCGAAAUGCCCCUCAACCGAGACUACAUAGCAAUUGUGUACGAGUACAUUAAAGAUGGCGAAAACGGCCCGGCUAUCGUGAAGCAGAUGCUCGAGUUCCUAUGGUUCACGGGUUUUAGCCUGGUUGAUUCGCCACACGCAAGGAAUUGGACGAGCGGCGUGUUGCUGGACUUGUGUGAUGUUGUCCCUCCCAGACGAUCCAGCUGGAAGAGUAGCAACUACGGUAUACGCGACGUAGAGAUGGUGUUGAGGAGUUGA